GCAAUUUCCCUCCUAAGCAGUCCUUAUUAAUAUAAAAGGGUGCGGCACGUUGUCACAUCAGAUUAGGAAGACAGUUGUCACUUGAACUGACCUACAUUUAACAAAAUAAACACACUGCCCGUAAAAUAGCCCAACUUAAUACGCAAUCUUUGGUUUAAACUCCAAAAGAGAUUUACAAAACACCACAAUCAGUUGCUCAUGAACACCUUCCCUUCCUUCUCCUCACCACCCACCAAUACACCAACCAUCCAGUCGGUGUGCAAACCGUGCUUCCGGGCCCCGUGGAGGAUGAGCGAUGGGCCCACGCUCGACUACGAGUUGCUGCUGUCCCCGGCCGGCUCUUCCCUCCCCGGCGGCGCUGGCGGCGGCAGCAGCAGCGGCCCCCCACUGGCCUUGGUCGGGGUGGACGCUGAGCAGCGCACCGCUUUGGCCUUCGUGGGCCUGCUCAUGCUCUUUCUGGUCUUCCUGCUCGUCAGGUGCUUCAGGAUCCUGCUGGACCCCUACAGUCGCAUGCCUGCAUCAUCCUGGACUGACCACAAGGAGGGGCUGGAAAGGGGUCAAUUUGAUUACGCGUUGGUGUAGGAGGGGCUCAAGAAGGGUAACGUUGCACAUGGAUACCAUCUGUCACAGCUUUGAAUUGAAAUCUAAAUGUGGACAAUGAAUCAUAUUGUGAACACACUCAAGGAGUUUUUUUUUUUGUGUGUGUGUGUGUAAAUGUUCAUGUCAAAGCCUGGUUUUGGAUGAUGCGUGUUAGUGUAAAUAUGAGGCAUAACAUGACUGCACUCAUGCAGACCAGCAGGACCACAAAAAGCCAAAAUGACGAAGCUGCACAGCUGCCUUAAUCUGACCUCUUGUACGAGCUUGACAGCACACAGCACAGCAUCACAUGAGCAAAAUACAAAUAUAUCAAUGAAUUUUCAUUAUCUUCACACAAAGUUUUCAAGUGUGGGACAGUGAGAAUAUGAAACGGCUAAAUGUAACAACAGUUAAAUCAUUUCCUUUCAAAACAUAAAAAUGCAUUGCAAAAUUCUGGUGAAAUGUCAAGUCAGAUCAUUUUUGAAUAUCCUGUAACACAGUGGGUUCUGAAAAUACAGUGGAACCUCCAAAGUUGAACACAUUCUGUUCCAUGAUGCUGACUGACUUCCAAUUUCCGAGUUCCAAUUUAAAAAAAAAAAAAAAAAAAUCAAAGUAGAUAAUGUAAAGUGAAUUAAGGAUGUUACUGUCAAGGGGCACUUAAGUCUUGUUGCAUUGUUUUACAAAGUCACAGCGUACAAUGGAGUAAAAAACAGCCCAGUGAAUGUGCACGGACGUGAAACAUUUGCUGCACUUUGCUGGUUUGUGUGUGAGGGGGCGGGGCCAGGCGCUCGAGCAGAGUGGAGCACAGACACACAGGAGCACAGCGAGGUGGCAAAAAGGUCACAUACAUCGGUUACACAUUGACCAAUGACGAUUUUAUCGAUGGUCUGUUAAAAUCGGCCCGAUUAAUCAGUGGGCCGAUUACAGUGGGUUUCAAUCAAUAUUAAGAGAACUUAAUAGCUGUAAAACAAAAAAAAAAUAAGUAAAACUGCUUUUUGCUACGUUUCUUUUAGGUUGGUAAAAUAACUUGUAUACUUAAUAUAUAUUUAUAUUUAACUAAUUGCAUUGAUCAUGUACUGAGCCAGCAGACGUUAGUUCCAUUUCCUUUUCCUCUUUGCCAGCACUCGUUCUGUGGUGGCGUCACUUAAGGUGAAAAAGCCAAACGAAAAGAAGACACACAAUAAUAUAAUAUUAAUCUUGAUGCUCACUGAAUAUAUAUAUAUAUAUAUAUAUAUAUAUAUAUAUAUAUAUAUACCUAUGGUCUCCACACAGGCGAUUUGAACCCGGGUCCUCAGAACUGUGAGGCACAAGUGCCGCUAUAUAUAUAUAUAUAUAUAUAUAUAUAUAUAUAUAUAUAUAAUUAUUUUGUAUUUUUGUCCCUCUCUCGAGCUGCUGAUUUAAGGUUUACAUUUGGACAGCUAACAUCAGAUCAUGCCGCUAACACAGGCAAAAAUGGCGAGUUUACACUUUAGCAGAGGGCCCUUUAAUUCAUCAAAGCUGUUACAAAGCAUUCAUUAGUUAUGGGCUCAUCAAGGAUAUCACAUGCUAACAUUUUUUUCUGGGUGCAAAUUGUGUUGAUAGACGUUGACCCUUGAAUAGCACUGCAACGUCGUGCUUUUAAGGCCACAGGUCGUUCAUUUCUCCUUCAAUUCUUAUCAGUGUUGUGUGUUUGUGUCUAUACCUUGAUAAGCCAUAUUGAUUCAAUAUAAAUAUAAAUAUAUAACCUCUUACUU